AUGGCAUCGCUGCCCUCUCUCGGGCGGGAGCCCAUCGGAGCUGCGGCGGCGGGGAAGGGAAGGAGGGAGUCACGGGCUGCUCUGGCCGGGGGCGCCGCGGCCUCGGGGGUGGCGGAGCGGGGGCGCCGGGCCGGGAGCGGGGGCGGUGCCGGCCCUGCCCACGCAGCGCGCUCCGUGUCCGCCAGAGGGCGCCUGCGGGGUCUCACGGCGGCUCCGCGGCCAUCCCGAUCCCGGGCCCGGCGCCGCCUCGAUCCGCCCGACGGGGGAGAGGCGGCACCGCCCGGGAACCCCCGGCAGAGCCGGCAGGAGCCGCACGCCCCAUCCCGGCUGCGGCUGUGGGCUCCAUCACCCGCUUACGGCCAGCGUCGUCCCGCUAUCGCAGCGGGAGCGGGCAUCGAGUCCGGGCCGGGCUCUGCCCGCUCCUCACCCCGCUCCCAACCCCAGUGCGGCCGCGACCCGCGACCCGCCGGCCGGGCCGAGGCAGCGGCGCCCCGCGAGCGGACGGCGGCGGGACUCGGUGUCGCAGCGCCGUCCGUCCCCGGCCGCGGCGCCGCCGCAGCGCUCCGGGCUCCGAGCGGUCCCCGCGGGGAGCGGCCCCCGGGGCCGGGGCUCGCACAGCGCCGAGCGAGGCUCCCGGGACAGCGGGACGGGGCCGCGGAGCGCACCGAGGGGCGCUGCGGCGGGGCCGCGACCGGGGCCGGGGCGGGGAGCGGAGCGCCGCCGGGGGCUGCCGGGGGUCCCGGGCGCGGCCCCCCCUGCCCCGUCGGGCGGAUCGAGGCGGCGCCGGGACCGGGCCCGGCCCGGGAUGGCCGCGGGGGGGCGCUGCCGGAGGGGGCCGGGACCCCGCAGGCGCCCUCUGGCGGACACGGAGCGCGCUGCGAGCGCGGCGCCCCCGCGCGGCCACGGGACAGCGGGGCGGGGGAGCCAAGGAGGGGCGGGGCCACAGGGGCGGGGCCACAGGGGCGCGUGCGCGGCGCGGGGCCGACACAGCGCCGGGAGGUGCCGGACGGGGCUGGUGCGGGCUCCCCAGGCGGGGCCCAGGGGCCCCUGUCCGGAGGAGGGGGUCCCUGGGAGGAGGCCGGGGCUGACCCCGUCCGGAGAAGAGGGCCCGAGGCGCCCUGGAGCCCCGCGCACCUGUGCCGGCCCCGCCCUGCUCACACCUGUGUCGGCCCCGCGCACGCGCACGCGCACGCGCCCUGCUGUCCCGAGCUGCGCACGCGCCCCUGUGGCCCCGCCCCUGUGGCCCCGCCCCUCCUUGGCUCCCCCGCCCCGCUGUCCCGUGGCCGCGCGGGGGCGCCGCGCUCGCAGCGCGCUCCGUGUCCGCCAGAGGGCGCCUGCGGGGUCCCGGCCCCCCGGCAGCGCCGCCCCGCGGCCAUCCCGGGCCGGGCCCGGUCCCGGCGCCGCCUCGAUCCGCCCGACGGGGCAGAGGGGCCGCGCCCGGGACCCCCGGCAGCCCCCGGCGGCGCUCCGCUCCCCGCCCCGGCCCCGGUCGCGGCCCCGCCGCAGCGCCCCUCGGUGCCACCGCGGCCCCCGUCCCGCCGUCCCGGGAGCCUCGCUCGGCGCUGUGCGAGCCCCGGCCCCGGGGGCCGCUCCCCGCGGGGACCGCUCGGAGCCCGGAGCGCUGCGGCGGCGCCGCGGCCGGGGACGGACGGCGCUGCGACACCGAGUCCCGCCGCCGUCCGCUCGCGGGGCGCCGCUGCCUCGGCCCGGCCGGCGGGUCGCGGGUCGCGGCCGCACUGGGGUUGGGAGCGGGGUGAGGAGCGGGCAGAGCCCGGCCCGGACUCGAUGCCCGCUCCCGCUGCGAUAGCGGGACGACGCUGGCCGUAA